AUGACAAACACGAAAAACCUCGGACCCAGAGAUCCAGGUAAGCCCUAUGGAGAGAUCACAUCGGGACUGCACAUGACAGAUGCCGAGAAAAAUGGAAACCUGUUCCACACGCGAAAUACUCAAGGAAAACGAGCUGAGCUCCGCCAAGACAAACACUGUACCUUCCUUAACGACUGCUCAGACAACAACACAAGUUUUGAACUCCCAGACGAACACCCCACCACAAGCACUCUCACACGAACACAAACCCAAAAAUCCAAGCCAUCUUACACUGUGGCAUUCAGUUCAGUCGGUGCAAAUGUCCGCUGCAUCAUCCUGACCUCCGGCACCCUGUCUCCAAUGAGUUCAUUUCAGUCUGAACUGGGAGUCCCUUUUAAGAUUCAGCUGGAGGCUAAUCAUGUCAUUGACAAGAAUCAGGUAUGGGUUGGCACUGUUGGAAAGGGGCCAACCGACCAAAUGCUCCAGGCAACAUACCGGCACACAGAGACCUGGGGAUUCCAAGACGAGUUAGGGAAGCUGGUGCUGGAUGUGUGUCGCUCUGUUCCCCGGGGAGUCUUGUGCUUUUUGCCCUCCUAUUCCCUGCUGAACAAACUCCUUGAUAGAUGGCAGAUAACUGGGCUCUGGGAUGAAUUGAACAAAGUCAAGAUCAGCAUGUGUGAGCCUCGCAGCGGGGAGGAAUUUGAGGAGACGAUGAAACUCUUCUAUGACACUAUUAGGAGAACUGGGGAAGAGUGUGAUGGUGAAGUGAAUGGCGCGUUUUUCAUGGCUGUUUGUCGAGGAAAAGUCAGUGAAGGACUAGACUUCACGGAUGAUAAUGCACGUGCUGUUAUAGCUGUUGGAAUUCCAUUUCCAAAUGUGAAGGACAUCCAGGUCGAUCUUAAGCGACAGUACAAUAACGCUCACUGUCGCACUCGAGGUCUCCUCUCUGGCGGGGAUUGGUAUGAGAUCCAGGCAUAUAGGGCAGUUAAUCAGGCUCUAGGACGGUGCUUGCGUCACCGCUAUGACUGGGGUGCCCUGAUCCUUGUUGAUGAAAGGUACCAGAGGGGCAGUCUGAGCAGCGGAGUCCAACAGAACAAGUAUACGAAGGGUCUCUCCAAGUGGGUGCGCAAUAAGAUUGUGCACCAUCCGUCUUAUGCCAUGGGACUCUCCAGUCUCAAUCAGUUUGCGAGAAAUAUGACCGCUAAUCCACCAAAGAAACCUGAAAGCAUGAAUGAAACUCAAACAGCAACAGUAGAGAAGGAUGCAGUGUGUGGGAAUUCAAGUAAAUUUCAGACUGCCAAGAUGUUGCUUGACUCAGAGAACAGUUCAUCAACAACAGCUGGAGCUUUGUCCAUGCUUGUAGAUGGUUUAGGGUCAACCCAAAAUACCACAGUUGCUCAUGACGCUAGUGUUAAAAAUGAAACGGGCAUUAUAUUACCAUCCCAAUUUAGCUCAACAAUUGUUGGAGGCUGCAACGAAAGAGAUCUUGACGAUGACUUCUGCUCUUCACCAAGCAGCUUAGUCAUUCCACCUAGUAGGUUCCUUUUCACCUCAACUCAGAUAUCAGACUCAAAGAGCUCAAGUGUUUUGCCUUCAAAGUCCUCCAACAAGAAUGAUUUUACUAGUGCAUUAACCUUGCAUACAUCGUCUAAAGAGACUUCAAUUGGAAAGGUGUCCCAGGUGCCACGUUCCCCUGAUGAUUCUGUAGAUAACCCUCCCAAAAGAAGGAAAUCAUUUUUCUUGACAAAUUCAGAAGCAAGUAAUAGCCAUGCCCAGAAAGAUGAGGGACCAAAGUUGGAGAGUUCCUCGGCAGCAGACCAGGAAGUGUAUGAGUUUCAGUAUAUUGAUCCAAAGAGUAAAGUUCAUGUAUCACCCCUAAAAGAACUGCUAGAGACUGAGAUCAGAUCAAGGGCAAAUUCUUCCCCUGUGCAAUGUAACAGUAGAAAAGAAGAACCACAGUCAAAGAAGAACCUUGGACAGGAAUUCAUCAAUGGUGAGAGCAAAACGGGGACAUCGUCAUCCUCACAUGAUAGAAGUUCUUCCCCACAGAUGUUUGAUUCAGAUGAAGACCUUUUUGCUGAUGCUACACCAAAGAAAAACAAGCAGAAAGGUGGAAAAGAUGAAAAAUCUACUGUCUCUGGCCUGAAGCCGUCAAAUGUUCGAUUAGCUCCAAUUUUUGGUAGUCAUUUAGCAUACCAGAAGAAAAAGGUAACACCACCAAAAGAGAAGGAACCAAAAUCAGUAGAAAAGUCUCAGAAAUCAGAAGGAAAAUCAAAGGGCUGUGGGAAAGUUAACUGUGGAAAGGAAAACAGUGAGUGUUGCAAGGUUCCAAGAAAGAGGCCACUCAUGAGUCAGAAUGUCCCAAGCCAAGUUCCUCCGACAGUAGGAGCAGAAUCAGAUUUAGAUGAUUUUGACCUUAAUCAGAGCUACAACAGUCCAGCAGGAGGGGAAAGGGUAGUUCGUCGAGUUUCUAGAGGUAGACGUUCCUUAUCCCGCCGUAAGGGAGUGCAGUACUCAGAUGCUGAGGAUUUGUGAUAGGUCAGGAUCAAUAGAGGAAAUUCAUGUGAAAUUUAGAGAACUAAAUGUCAUGAGGAUUAUACUGGUAUAUUUAAAUUUAUUUUUUUUUUUUUUUUUUUUUUGCUACAUAGAAACAUUGUAUGUAAAAGGAAAAGGAGAAAACUGUGAAGUAUUUGGCAUCAUCCAUAUUAUGUGGUGGAGUGUCCUGCAUGUGAGAAGAAAAAUAAGUGUUCAGAAGGCAUGAGUAGUUACGGUGAAUGGGCAUAAAUUCAUAUUGUUUGUGAUAGUCAUUUACAAUUGAAUAAGCUAUGUGGCAUAUGCUGUAUUUCUUUUAAUAAUUUUGUCUUUAUAGAAAAUCUCAUCUCACCAACAUACAGUACAUGUAUUACAUAUUACCUCUUCCAUUUAUGUAUAAUUUUAAUUGAAUUGUUCUUCAAGUUAAUUGUUGUCUUCAGAUUGCUUGUUUAGUUCCUAAGUGGUUUGUGGCUGCUCAUUGAUUGCAGUGAAUGAUUCUUCUAAUAACUUAAUAUUCAGGGCUGUUUUAGCUACUAAUCCUAAGUUGGCUCUUCAUUUUUCCUUUGUAAUACUGUCUUUUUCACAUCAGAAUACUUUGUUGUAUAAGACAAAUUUCAUGUUUAUUUUGAUUAUUAUUCCAGAGGGAAAAGAUAUUGAUUACAAUAUGCAGCAUAUACAGUGUACUCAAAAAAGAAAUCAAUAAUUUUUUAUCAUCCUGAUCAAAGGGGAUAAAAUAUUGCACAGGCUUGUGUG